GUGUUGUAUUAUCUUUAGUUUUUUUUUAGGUGUAUAAGUCGAUUAUAAAAAGACUUUUGUCAGAUUUCAUCAUUUAUCACACAUUAUAAGAUAUUUUUUAGGCAUUUAACGCCAUGGACAAGCUACGCCGCGUGCUGAGUGGUGAUGAGCCGACACCUGAGGAGGAAAGCAGCAUAAUUACACAGAUAAAUGACAUUUCCACUUUAAGUUGGUCCACACGCAUCAAAGCUUUCUGCGCCUGUUUCGUCUUGGGUAUUCUGCUCUCUUUUCUGGGUUCCUUGGCGCUGUUCCUGCAUCGUGGAAUUGUGGUUUUUGCGGUGUUCUACACACUCGGCAAUAUUAUAUCAAUGGCCAGCACCUGUUUUCUAAUGGGACCUUUCAAGCAGAUCAAGAAAAUGUUCGCCGAAACCCGACUCAUAGCCACAAGCAUAGUGCUAGUUUCUAUUGUCAUGACAUUUGUAGCCGCUAUUGUGUUAAAGAAAGCCGGCCUUACACUCAUAUUCAUUAUCAUACAAUCUCUGGCCAUGACCUGGUACUCGCUUUCUUAUAUACCCUAUGCCAGAGAUGCAGUACGAAGCACGGUCUCAGCAUGCCUCGACGUGUAGAAUCUUGUUCAUAUAUUUUUGUACAUAUAUCUAAUUUCAGUUUGAUAAAAUUGUCAUUUCAUUUACUUAUGUAUCUUAUAGGAUUGCAAUUAAAAAAUGUAUUAAUCUAUAUUAGAAAA